AUGUGGGCUAACGUCUGCAGACGAAGGUCCAUCCAUGACUUACUUUUGAAUCCCACAUUCACACCUCUUUGUCCUUCCAAUCACCUCCUUCACCAUCACUCAGCUCAACUUGACUCGACUCGACUCGACUCGACCCAACUCCUUCUCCAUCGAACUUCGAAGGACAUCCUCGUUAUUGCUGCCGACUUCCUGACACCACUCGACACUUUUGGACAUAUCAAUAACACAUACGCAUACAUAACAUGGCCGACCGAUACUCAUUCUCCCUCACCACCUUCUCGCCCUCUGGAAAGUUGGUUCAGAUCGAGUAUGCCCUCAGUGCCGUCAACUCCGGUGUCACCUCCAUCGGCAUCAAAGCAACCAACGGAAUCGUGGUCGCGACAGAGAAAAAGGCGGUCUCGACACUCAUUGACGACUCCUCGCUCGAAAAGGUCGCGAUUAUCAGCUCCAACAUUGGAAUGGUCUACUCGGGCAUGGGUCCCGACUACCGUGUGCUCGUCAACAAGGCAAGGAAGGCUGCUCAGGCCUACAAGAGAGUCUACAUGGAGGAACCACCCACCGCCAUCCUCGUCAAGGAAAUCGCCAGCGUCAUGCAGGAGUUCACACAGUCUGGUGGUGUGCGUCCAUUCGGUGUAUCAUUGUUGAUCGCAGGAUUUGACGAGAGCGGUCCUAUGCUGUACCAGGUCGAUCCUUCAGGCUCAUACUGGCCAUGGAAGGCCACGGCCAUCGGCAAGAACAUGGUCAAUGCAAAGACGUUCUUGGAGAAGCGAUACAAUGAGGACAUUGAGCUCGAGGAUGCCAUCCACACCGCUAUCUUGACACUCAAGGAAGGGUUCGAGGGCCAGAUGACAGAAAACACCAUCGAGAUCGGUGUCAUCACAGGAGUCGUUUCUACCAAGGAUGAUGGCUCCGUUGUCUUGCCAGAAUUCAGGAAAUUGUCGCCAAGCGAGGUCAAGGAUUAUUUGGCCAACAUUGCCUAAGCAAAGCGGUUGCAGUUGCUGGCGUCAGGAUCGGAAUCAGGAUCAAGAUACGAAUGCAAUUCUGACGCACAGCAGGAAUGAUAUAUGGAUCUGGCCCUGGUCAUCGUCUGGGACAGGCAAUGAGAACGGGAAAACGAACUGAAAGGAGCGUCAUUAUAAAUAAAAGCAUCCUUCUUGUGAAUACCUGACACAAAGUAAAUCAAC